UGCCGCCGAAGACAACAAAGGUAUUCUCCGCCAGGUAAUUUUCCGCUAGCCACUUGCGACCACACCGACGGUGAAAAGGCGAAAUAAUUAAUUUUAACAAAUUGCCGCAGUGCGAAUAAAAGCCAGCAAAUUCGGAGCAGCGCAGCAGACGCAGACGAGAAAGUGACGACGCAGCAAAACGAAGCAACAAAAACGAAAAUCGGCGACGUACACAUUCAACUUGAACAGAAUUAAGUUUUCAAGUCCAACGCAAUGUCAUGCCGCGCCCCCUUCCAGCCCGACGAUCAGUAUGAGCAGCUGCGCCGGCCGAAUGUCGGCGGAAACGGCGGAGUGGCCAUGCCGGGACUGGAGCAGCAGGCGCAUCUCUUUGGGGAGUACGCUGGUGCCCAGGCCUACGGGCAAGUUGUUGGGAAUUUCCCUGUGCAGGCCAUGCAAGCCCAGCAGAAUCUGUCCGAUGCGUCCAAUCUGUCGGCCACGGCGACCAUUUUCAUCCCUCGACAAGCUGCUCCCCCGCAGCAGCAGUCACGACAUCAGCAAUACCAGCAGGCUGGUGGAGCCGGCUCCGGUGGAGGAGCUCCCUAUGGCCAACAGCCGCGCUAUAUGAAUGGCUUUAAACAUCACCAUCAGCAGCAGCAGCACCACCAACAGCCGCACUACAACCAUCACCACAAUCAUCAGCAGAAGUUCAACAACGAUAUGCAGAAGCUAACGAAUUCCGUGCAGAAUCGCCUGCACCUGAAUAGCCAGCAAGGCUCAGCCGGCAACUACUAUCAGCAGCAGCAGGUACACCAAAACACACACCACCACCAACAACACCAGCAGCAGCAUCAGCCACACAACCAACACGCCAAGUUCCAACGGCAUACCCACUUGAAUAACUCAUUCCAACAAAUCGCACAGCAAACACAGCACCACCAGCAGCAGCCGCACCACCAGCAGCACAACCACCAGCAGCAGCAGUAUUUCCAGAACCAGAACCAACAAAAGCAACAACCGCAGCCAUCCACUUCGUCUGCGGCGGCCUCCUCGUCGUCCUCGAACUCUUCGCAGCCGGACAUGGCCACCAUAGCACUGGAGUAUCUCGAUACAGUCAUACAUUGCCUUAACCAGAAUCCGGGCCAAUUUGAUACGAUUGCAUCACGCUUCCUGACUAUUUUCGAUGGCAUGGAGAACAAUCAAUUCGUGCUCUCCAUCGCCAUGGAGGACAUCUUUGAGAAGUCGAUCGAGCAGCCGAACUUCCGGUACAUGGGCGCCAAGCUGUACAACCUGCUGCACAUGCUCAACUCGAAGCCGGACUCGCUGUUCCACACGCUGCUCAAGUGCAAGCUGGACUACCACCAGGAGGAAGUGACCAAGUACAUGCGCUCCAACGAGCAGCAGAAGGUUCGCGAGACUGCGCUCUUUCUGGCCGAGCUGUACAUGCAGUUGCGCGGCGACGACGACUCGCGCAUCCAGUUGAUCGCUGUGAAUAUUGUAUAUUCGCUAAGUAAGCUGCUGGCCAGCGAGAGCAACGAGAACGUUCGCUGUCUGUGCCAGACUCUCAAGCUGGCUGGCUAUGAUCUGACGGCCGAUUGCCCCAAGGACAUACAGGAGAUCAUCACGGCCCUGCAGGCGAUCGAGCUGAAGUCGCCGGGCAAAUACCCCAUGGCGGCCAGUGUAAUUUCACUGCAGCAGAACAACUGGGGCAGGAAGGUGUCGAACGCUUUGGGUGACGAUGAAGAUACAGUGAAGGAGCCGCUGCGCCUGAGCGAUGAGCCCGUCUUCUACGGACCCGAUGGCCGCGAAUUGACUGCCGAAGAGACCGACUUCCUCGCCGCCGGGGAUAAUGAUGGUGAUGAUGACUUCGAUGGGGAUGGUGCCGACCUGGAAAUGGACGCCGAGAUGGAUGAGGAAACCGAACGGGCCUACAAGGAGUUCUGUAAGCAGGGCAAACAGAAGACCUAGACGACUGUGGAGAACUGUGUGGCAUUGGACGGAUUCAUGAGGGCGUGGUCGUUGGCAGGAUAUAGCUUAGGGUAUAGGAGGGGGAUGGUGGAGAGCGUAGGAGUGGAGCAUUUCCAACAAAUUCUCGGUUGUAGAAUCGAUGAUUGCAGUUGCUUGGUUCAGAACCAAUUGUGAUUAUCUUUUAAAUUAUUGAUAGCAAAUUGUUUGUGAUAUCUUCGUGUUUCAUGCACCUAUCAUGAUAUGACAUGUGUUAAUGACUUUGUUCGAACGCUUUUUGUGUGAUACGCCCGUUUUGUAUCUGUAUCUCUGAUAACUAACUCUCUGCCAUGAUAGCCAGUUCAUUCAUCAGUUUGUACUUUUUAACUCUCAGUUUUGAAUAAUCGCGAAGCCAGGAUUUCGACCGUAAACGGUAAAGAUAAAAAUAUAUAUAAUUAUAGCCACUGCCACGCCGAUGUGAACCGCUAAUACACACACACGCAGCUGCACUCAAAGACUCGUACUCAUAUGCGCACCCACACACUUGCAUGGCACAUAUGCAGACUCAUAAACGGCAGAAAAAAAACAAAACCGCAAAUUUCACAUUCAAUUAAACGACAUUCUCUUGAUCAUACAAAUCGAAAAACGAAAGAAAAAAAAAACAGCAGCAGCCACGCCUAAUUUUUAAAUAAUUGUAAUUAAUGUUAACGAAUCCAUGAUUUAAUUAUAAAUAAAAUUUAUCGAAUUGCGUUUAAAACAAA